AUGACACAGCAACAACAACAACACCAUACCUCCUCUCAUAUCGUUAGGCCAUCUUCCAUUGCGCCUACUCGCGUAUUCAUAUCACCCAUUCCCACUAUCAACACGACCGUGGUACUCGAAAACGAUAUCAAGAAGCGUUUCUGUUGUCAGCAUUACUAUGCAUCCACCAUUGUGUCUGAGCAAGAGGAGGUUGAGGAGCAGGAGGAAGAAGAAGAAGAAGACGAAGACGAAGAAGAUGAUUCAACUACAAUGACGACCACAGGUGGAUUUUCCACACAUAGUGAAUCAACAAUGACCACCUCACCACCCAUAUCUCCACCAUUAUCACCCUCCACAUCAUCUCGUGUAUCACGGCUACCACGUUGGAUACGACAAAUCGGGAGCAUGAGUAAUAUCAAAACGCCCACCAAUAUGCCGCCAUGGUAUGAGCAAGAAAAAGAACAAAAAAGAUUGAUCGACACUUGUUUUCGGGCGGCAGCAUUGUAUUAUGAGGCGCCAGAAGUGCGUCAAUAUUUGCGUAAAGUCACUAAGCGCAAUCGAUUCGAUCAAAUGCUUUUAGAAGGGUUCCCAGUUAUGGGUAACGAUGGUGCUACUGACUCUGGAGGAGUAGCAGGAGGGGCACGGACCAUGACCCUACGUCUUACAUUAACCCCAGCACACUGCCGGGCAACUGACAAGGAAAUUUAUGGCAAGCUCUCAUUGUCUCUCCCAUCACCAUCCCAUUCCUCAACCACUACUCCUCCUCCUUGCUCACAAACUUACUCAUUACCACCACCCCUUCCUGCUACUAUUGUAUCUCAUCAUCAUCAUCGGCAUCCACCAUCGUUGCCUCCCUUUGUUGCAGGUGCUCCCAAUAAUCGGAUGGCGUUCUCUCCUGCUGCUCCAGAUAAGCUACCAAACAAGAUCAACAAUAUCACAUCAUUACCACCACCACCACCACCACCUCUGUUGGUGUCGACAAUGUCUCCUCCACAUCUUUCUCCUACUCGACGAUCAUCCUCUUUACCUUCUUCACAUCAAAGACGACGUAUAUUGUAUGAACAACAACAUCUUCAUCAAUCACCACCUAUUCUUGUUUUACCGCCGCGUAAAAAGCAGUAG